AUGCAGAACGCAAAGUCGGAAGUAAUUGCAACCACAGCGAAGCCAAAGAAAAGAGUUACCUUCAACACAACCGUCAAAGGUCGUGGAGUCUUGAGUAUUUACGAUUACUCCCCCAGAGAGAUCUCGGCAGCAUGGUACAACGCUGAAGAGUUGAUUGGAAUUACCAAAUCAUGCUUUCGAAUAAUCGCGAGAAUACAAAAUGGUGCUAGAAACGGUAAGAAGUACUGUACUAGAGGUCUCGAAGGUCGCACCAGAAUGGGUUAUGCGAUCCGAAAGAAGAGCAGAGGAGCUGCAAUCUUGGCAGUUCUAAAGGAACAAUCCGAUCAGUGGAUUGAUGGGGGAGAUGCCGACCCGGAAGCGAUUGCGGAAGUCUACCGAAAGAAGACCAAAAGCGCUCUACUCUCGGCCCAAUUCGUUGGUAUGCGUGACCAACUGGCUGCCGAUGCCAUCCACCGCCAUAUCCCAAAGAAGAUUGAUAAUAUGGAAGAGAUGAUGACGAAAGGACGACCCGAGAAGCCCAACUUUGUUGGUUCCCAAAAUGGAAGAAAGAUGCUACCAAUCAAAGAAGUGCAAAGCCUUCCUACCAUUUAUAAUUUGCGGGUGGCAUGA